CCAGUUUGCGAUCGACAUCCGCCAUGUUUGCUCGACAUUUUUAUAUUGUGAUAUUUUCAUUCCAAAAACCGGACAUGUAAACAAUUUAACUUAAAGAAAAUGAAUGUUUGUGAAAGUGCAGGCGCUGCAGUGCGGUGCUAAAGUUUGAAUAUUGAUUUCUUGUUAAUUGAGUUUUAAAUUGCCUUUCCUUAGAGUUUAUUUAUCAUCAAAAAAGUAUUUCAUAUUGUGAAGACUGAAGAAGUUUUACGUCUCGAAUUCGUUUCCACAUGAAGUAGACCUUAAAAAUGUCUUCAGGCGACAAUGAUGACCAUCCAAGCAGCGGAGUGGUGUUACUUCAAGCACGCUCCAAGCAAAUCGCUAAUCAAACUUUGGACUCAACGAGACGCAUGGUUAAUAUGACUGACGAGAGUAGUGAAAUAGGCAAUCGGACCAUGAUUGCUUUAAAUGAGCAGGGGGAAAAACUAAAUUUCAUAGACGAAGCAAACAGAGCUAUCAACGAAGAUGUCCGACAAGCUGAGAAGAAUAUUGAAGGAAUGGAAAAGUGUUGUGGGAUAUUUUCUUUUUCCUGGACGAGAUCUAAAUCCAACAAAGCAGACAAAGUUUGGAAAGAAAAUGAGGAGGAAGUAGUAUCAAUACAACCACAGCGAGUGUCUAUAAAAGAAGAUCCCCCAGGGUUCUAUAUCGACAAAAUAACUAACGAUGAGAUGGAAGACGAGAUGCAACAGAAUCUGACGCAAGUGCAUUCGACUGUGGGUAACCUUCGAAAUCUCGCCGCUAGUCUCAAUAGCGAGGUUUUAAACCAGAACCGUCAGCUCGACAAAAUUAACCAGAAGGUCGAAAGCAACGAAAUUCACGUGAUUACAGCCGAGAAACGUACACAAAAAUUCGCAACCAACUCACACGGUCAUGCGUUGAAGAACACCUUAUCUCCUCUUAACACUGCGAGAACGUCGGGUUCGAGUUCUAGAGUAGUUUCGUUCGAGUAAACAUGUUUUUUUAUUACCCCAAAACGUCUUAACUGAACAGGGAAUUGUAUGGAGAAUAUUUUUUUUUAUAUGAUACCAAUCAACGAGACGAACAGGUCGUGCACCUGGUGGUAAGCAACACGCCUGUCCAUAGCAGUUGCAACUCAAACUUUAAUUUGAGGAGCACUGCUACUGCGUCCGUCAACUUGAGACAAGUUCACAAAAAAUAAUUCCAAUAAUUGUAACUUUUUUCUAGCACCAUAUCUUGACUUAAUGGUCUUAAAUACGUUCAAACGUAAAACCAUAUAUUAAGAAAAAUUACCCCUCCCACCCAAAUAGAUGAACAUAGGACCAAAGGUUUCUAUAGAAAAUCAUUGAAUGCUACAAGGUGUUUGUAAUUAUAGGAAACCAUGUUUAAGAGACUAACGCUUUAAUUGGAAAGCACCCUUAGG